AUGGCUAUUGUACGUCAUUGGCUUCUUUAUCAGUUAGACAUUAAGAAUGCUUUUCUCCAUGGUGAUCUUGACGAGGAAGUUUAUAUGGAACAACCACCUGGUUUUGUUGCUCAGGAGGAGUUUAAUGGUUGUGUAUGCAGAUUGCGCAGGUCACUAUAUGGAGCUGAGACUAGAUAUAUGCAGUUAUUGAUUUGGAAAAUAUUUCUUCCCCUAAUGAAGCUGGUUCAUUCCAUUGAUCGUGAAUUAUAUAACAAGGUUGCAGGCAUGACUUUCAGUGUUGUCUCUGACACAAACAGUUGGGGGGUUGCUGACGUAACCAUUAUCCCAUUUUUGUUAAGAUUGGUCAGACUAUCUAUGACUGAGAUUCAAAGUGAAGAGUUAGAUACUUAUAAAUGGUGCCUGACUUCUAAUGGUUCAGAAGACCGGCAUUUGGAGCCACAGUUCACACUAAAUUUAUGUUCGCAGUUAAGAGACAACGAGAUAUAUGACAAUCUUGUGCAAUGCAAUCCUAACUAUUUGCCGCUGCCUGUUUCUUGUCAUAUUUUAACCUUGAUACUAGAAGCUGCUCAGCAAAGUUUACAUACAGUGAGAUCAGUAUCUGGAUUGGACUCCGUAGACGGAUGCUGCACUGAUAUAUUUUCUGCAAAGUUGCUCUGGGAUCUUUGCAAUAUUACAAUUCAAAUGCUUUCACAAAGCUUGGAGCAUCGGUCUUCUGCAAUUACCUUUUUGCUUCCCUCCAUAUUCAAAGCACUUGAUUCUCAUUCUGCUUUUGAAGUCUCAAUUAUUGGACAGAACUAUAUACUUUCUCGGAGAAGUAUUUUAGAGAAACUAUGGAAGAGUUGCAAGACAUUGUUUUCUUUGGGGCCCCUGGAGAGAAGAGAUGCAUAUUCUAUACUUUCUCUGUACCUGUCUUUCUUUACUAAUACUGAUGAAUGCCAGUAUAUUUAUAUGAGUAGCACGGCAGAAGUGUUUGAUUUGAGAGCAGAGAAACAAUUCUGGGAUGAAAUGAAAAAAGGCUUGGUUGAUAAAGAGAGCUCAGUGAGGAAGCAAUCUUUAUAUAUACUGAAGAGAACCAUAAAUUUAGACAAGAAAAACCAGUAUCAAACCACUGUUAAGACCAUAGACGAGAGAAGUUUAGUCUAUCGUGGUAUGACUAAAAGGGAAAGGUGGGCUGAGGAGGAAGCUAAGUCCCUGGGAGUUGGGAUAAUUGGCAACAAAAGUGAUUUCCUUUCCAGUUGCUACCAGAAAUGGGAGGCAUUUUUUCUUCUUUAUGAAAUGCUCGAAGAGUAUGGCACUCACUUGGUCGAAGCAGCAUGGAGUCACCAGAUGACCUUGUUGCUUCAUUCCUCUUUGUCUCCAGAGAAUUCAGUAAAAACUAUCAAUGGAAAUGUGUGCCAAACUUGGAUGGACAGUUUAGAAGAAAUUUUUGAGUGGUUAGCUGUACUGUGGGAACGUGGUUUUUGUCAUGAUAAUCCUCAAGUUCGGUGCUUGGUCAUGCGGUCAUUUCUGUGUACAGAGUGGACAAAAUACAACCACUGUGCAAAGUUGGUUCCGCAAAAUUUCGUUACUGGUUCACUUGUAGAAGGACUGAAUGAUCCUGUGCACAACAAAGAUUUUGGUGUAAGAGGAGUUUACUCUACCCGGACAAUUGAAGCUGCUGCCGAAUUUUUUUCCCAGUACAGUAGCUAUCUAGAUGAAAGGAAUCGGGUUGCUUUUCUGAAUAGUUUGGCUUCCAUUGCUAAGAGGCAAUCUUUUGGACGAGCUGGAUUAAUGUGCCUUACAAAGUGCAUUUCUUCAGCAGCUUAUGGUAUUGGACAAUGCGGUGAUAUAUCACCAGUCAUUUUGCAAGAUAAAUAUGCACAGGAGGAGUCUUACAUGAGUGAUAAAGCAGACUUGCUCGACAGUUUCCGAUAUAUUAUUGAAAGCACUAAACAACAUUUCAAUCCAUCUUAUCGGCACCAAGUUUGUGAGAACAUUCUAGCUGCUGCUGCUUCUGUGAUGAUUCCUCUUGACAUUCCAAUUGAAACACUUCUACUUCUCAUUUCAAGCUUGCCGCGAGAAAUUACUGAUAAUGGAGGUUCUUUGAGAUCAAGGGUGCAAGAUUGGCUUUGGAUUAGCAGCGACAAACCUUCUAUAUCUGACCGUGUACAAACAAAUCUCAAGCUUUUGGAAUCUCUCAUUGGUUACCAGAGAAAGUUGAUAAGUUCUUGUCAUGCAAUUGGUACUUCUGUUACCUAUGAUGAUGAAGACUUGGAUUCUUGGGGAUCUGAAGCAAAAAGAUGGACAAGGGUGCUUUUUCUUGUUAUCAAGGAAGAAGAGGACUUGAAUCCAAUAUUCACGUUUAUGCAGGACCAUGGGGAUAAUUUAUGCGAUGUGAGCAACAAUUUGGAGUGGGUACCUGUGAAAUUUCUCGUACUUCUCUUGAGCUUCAUCCAUGAGCUACAAGUACUCCAAGGGAGAGCAGUUGACUGCUUGAAAACAGGAAGCUCGAAAACAAGCCUUGAGAAUUCUGACAAAGUUGGCCAAUAUUCAAUGAUGAAAAACUCGAUCAUUUUUGCGGAGUUCUCUAAAUUGUUUUUCUCUAUAUUGGAUGCACUAGUCUCAUAUGCUGGAACGUCAUGCAGCAUUUUUUGGUCAAAACACAUGGAAGAGUGUGGGGAUUUUUCUGGUUCCAUCCGAGGCAGGCUGGGUGGUCCAAGUCAGCGUCGGUUGUCAUCUUCAAUGACCAGUUCAGUUUUGCAGGCUGUGACGUCUAUAAAAGCAGUUGCUUCCAUCUUCAGUUGGUCCGCACAGUUUGGCGCUGAUGCUUCGCUCAAAUCUGUUGUUACCUAUCUGUGGAAUUUUUGCUGGAAAAUUAGUAGUACAUCUCUGGCAUGUAAUUCAGAGAUUGAGGCGGAAAUCUGCCUAGCAGCAUAUGAAGCACUGGCUGGUGCUUUGGAUGGAUUAGUGUCCAUGUUCUCUCUGUUGUCGUUGGAUCAUGUCACAGAAAAUGAUGAGUUAACUCCAUUAGAAGCUGAUGGUAAAUCAGUCUUGGAUUCCUUACUCAGGACUUUGCUUCAGAACAUCAACAGCAUAGUUGCAGUGGGCAAUUUGGCACGAACUCGACGAGCAGUUUUAUUGAACUGGAAGUGGAUAUGCCUCGAGCUGCUGCUAUCAAUUCCAAAUCAUGCACUUAAGAGUGAAGUUCACUUGAGAAAACAUAACUUUCACUUCUCAGACACAACACUUUUAUGGACUUUCGAUGAUCUUGUUGACAGCCUUGAGAAUGCUGGAGAGGCUUCUGUUUUACCCAUGCUGAGAUCUGUCAGAUUGAUCAUGGAGCAGUUAGCUUUAGGAAGGAAAGGUUCAAUGGUUUCUGCUUGUCAUGGCAUAGACAUCCAGAUGAUGUGGAAGCUGGUGCGCUCUUCUUGGAUUUUACAUGUCAGCUGCAACAAAAGGAGAGUUGCUCCUAUUGCUGCACUUAUGUCUUCUGUGAUGCACUAUUCUGUUUUUGGCAUUGAGAAGAUGCAUGAAUAUGAAAAUGCACCUGGGCCUUUGAAGUGGUUUGUGGAGAAAAUACUUGAGGAGGGCACUAAAAGUCCGCGUACCAUUCGGUUAGCCGCCUUGCAUUUAACUGGACUUUGGCUUGCUUAUCCCAGUAUUAUAAAGUUCUAUAUGAAAGAGCUAAAGUUGUUAACACUAUAUGGUUCAGUUGCAUUUGAUGAGGAUUUUGAAGCUGAAUUGUCUGAAAAUCGUGAUGCCAAAAUUGAAGUAUCAGUGCUGGCUAAAAGCCCAGAUCCUGAGCUGACUGAAGUAAUACCUGACUCCCAAUACUACACAACUAUGUUCGUAACAAGCGCACCUGAAUUUUGUACACUCAUUGUUGACUAUGCUCCACGUAACUUGUUUGUGGAGAUACCAACUUCUAGAUUGUUUAUGCAGGUGAAUGACAAGGAUCUAGCUAAAGAGUUGUGCAAAAAGUACAGUGCGAUUCAUAGGCGCAAAGUUCGUGCAUGGCAUAUGAUAUGCAUUUUGUCACGGUUUAUUGAUCAAGAUAUAGUCCAACAAGUUACCUAUAACUUGCAUGUAUCUCUCUAUAGAAAUAAUUUCCCUUCGGUUCGGCAGUAUUUGGAAACUUUUGCGAUCCAUGUCUACUUGAACUUCCCGUUGCUGGUCGGGCAAGAAUUAGUACCGUUGCUGCGAGAUUACAAUAUGCGGCCUCAGGCUUUAUCUUCCUAUGUGUUUAUAGCUGCAAAUAUCAUCCUUCACUCAACUGAAGAGUACAAGUCCAGGCAUCUGAGUGCUUUACUGCCUUGUAUAAUUCCUUUGUUGACCUCACACCAUCAUACACUACGUGGUUUCACCCAGUUAUUAGUGCUUCAAGUUCUUCAAAAAUUGUUGCCAUCAGAUUCUAGUGUCUAUGCAACCAUGACUUUAGAGGAAAGAUGCUUUCAAGAUUUGAGAUCGUACUUGCAAGAUAACCCUGACUGUGCACGGUUAAGAGCAUCAAUGGAAGGUUACCUUGAUGCUUUUGAUCCAAAGAAGUCGGUCACACCAGCUGGAAUUUUCAGUACUAGAGUUGAGGAACUUGAAUUCGAAUGUGUACCAGCAACCCUAAUGGAUCAAGUAAUUAAUUUUCUAAAUGGGACUAGGGAGGAUCUCAGAUGCUCAAUGGCCAAAGAUGCAGCAGCUAUCAAGAAUGAAAGCUUGCUUGUUGACGAUGAUGGAAAGUGCAAGGAGAUAACUGGAAAUCUUACCGAAGGGCAAACAGUUCUGCCGCUGCAAGAUAUAUCACUAGAUUUCCAAAGGAAAAUUACUGUUUCCAAACAUGAAAUGCAAAGUAUUGAUUCUACCGUCUUGUUGGAAAAUGAAGGACCAUUAAAAUCACUACUAGACAUAGAAAAGGAAGAUCAGCUUCUUGAUCAGUUGCUGCACUUAAAAACUGUAGCUUUUGAGAAGUUGAAAGCAAGUCGGCAAGAUAUUAUCCUCGUAGCAUCACUAAUUGAUCGGAUACCUAAUCUUGCAGGAUUGGCCCGAACUUGUGAGGUAUUUAGAGCAUCUGCACUGGCCAUUGCCAACAAAAACGUAGUGAAAGACAAGCAAUUCCAAUUGAUCAGUGUAACUGCAGAGAAAUGGGUGCCAAUUGUUGAAGUCCCAGUUAGUAGUAUGAAAGUUUUCUUGGAGAAAAAGAAGCAAGAAGGAUUCUCCAUCUUAGGUCUGGAGCAAACAGCAAACAGCAUUUCUCUUGACCGAUACGCGUUUCCUAAGAGGACGGUCUUAGUCCUUGGCCGAGAAAAAGAGGGUAUACCAGUGGACAUCAUUCACAUUCUGGAUGCUUGCAUAGAAAUCCCACAGUUGGGAGUAGUUCGAUCACUCAACGUUCAUGUCAGUGGUGCCAUUGCACUUUGGGAAUACACUAGGCAACAAAGAUCCAGUAGCUGCUGAAUUACAUUAUGAACUUUUGUUCUGUGCAAUAUAGCUAAUUGCUUCUAUCAAUCCUCAUAUUUAUUGUACAAUUACGAGUAAUAUAUAUUAAUAUAAAGAACACAUGUAUAUGUACCCCUCAGUAUGUGGUGACAUUGUUGUUCUUGAGUGGUUCCAAUUGUGUUAUGAAAGAUGUCCGAUCUGCAAGUAAUUUGAAGCUAAGGGAACAAUGGUUCAUCCUAAA